AGACAGUGCUAAAAGGGAGGAACGAAUCUCACGCUCCCUGCGCCAUACAGACAUCCUGAAUCAGUCCUCACCAUUGCUCACGACGGCGAAAAAUGUCCCGAACAAUGAUAUGAUUAACUUGUCCGAAAAGCGUAGCGGCAGCCAUGGCGGGGACUUCGGCUUCAUCGAGUGUCUAUCGAGCGAUUUUCCGGGCUGGAAGGAGGCGGGGAUUCCUCUCGUGUCUCGUAUGCCUUCUCCUCCUUCCUAUCUGGGCUUCUCUCAGUUUCGAAAACGUCUACUAUAUACGGCGUCACAGAGAGCUCCUUCAGAAGGCGACAAGUGAAAUACCGUUUAGCGUCACAAGUAAAACCGUAGAGGUGCCCUAUGACGUCACAAGUAAAAACGUAGAAGUGCUUUCUGACGUCACGAGUAAAAAGCUAGAGACGCCCUAUGACGUCACGAGUAAAAAGCUAGAGACGCCCUAUGACGUCACGAGUAAAAAGCUAGAGACGCCCUAUGACGUCAUGAGUAAAAAGCUAGAGCUUUAUGACGUAAAUGUUAAAAAGAUAGAUAAACCCAAUUACUCUGCAAUUAAGAAGCUAAAGGCACCCCGUGACGUCACAGAUACACCCCAUACCGUCGCUGGUGUAAGAUUAAAGAUACCCUGUAACGUCACCAGAGAAAAGCUUAUAGCGACCUUCAACGCCACAAGCGAAAAGCUAGAUAUGCCGAGUGACGUCACUAGCCAAAAGUUACCAUCCUAUGAUGUCCUGAAGAACGAUGACGUUGUGAACAGUAUUGCUGAGGAAAACAACAACGAAAGUGAAAAAAGUGAAAAGAUCAUUUUAUUGUGGAAGAAAUUUAGGAGGAAUGUUUCGGAAUGGCGACACAUAUUUUCCAGGCAGGAGCGGGGCGAGUGCGGGGGCGCGCCGUGCCGUGUGGUGUACGACAAGGCAUUCCUCCAGAAGGCCGACGCCGUGGUGAUCAGGCCGACCGUGCAUCGCUUGCCGCGCGCCAGGACGCCGAGCCAGCUUUGGAUUCUGUUCUCCGUGGAGGCCCCGACGCACCCCGAGUGGAACAUCGCCCGAGGCAAGAAGGGGGUCUUCAACUGGACCAUGACUUACCACGGGGACUCCGACGUGAUCAUGCCCUUUGGUCGCGUCCUGCCUCGCCCUCCCCAGCACCGUCAAGAGAGAAAGCGCGAUUACUGGUCUGAGAAAAAUGCCUCGCAGUUGGCCGUGUGGAUAACAUCACACUGCGAAACCCCCUCGAGACGCGAGGAGUACGUGGCUGCUCUUCGUCGGGUAGUCGGCGUCGACGUGUACGGGUCGUGCGGGAACCUCCCGAGCGGGACCCGAGACACCAUCGCCUACAUGCCGAAGGAGGUGUCCAGCACACACCUCGGCAGCUCCUACAUGUUCUACCUCGCCUUCGAAAACUCAAUCUGCGAAGACUACGUGACGGAGAAAUUCUUCAAGGCCCUGGCCAUGGACGUGGUGCCCGUGGUGCUGGGCGGGGCCAACUACUCGUCCAUAGCGCCCCCGAACUCCUUUGUCGAUGCCAUGGACUUCGCCAGCCCCGUCCUCCUGGGCGCUCAUCUGCUCUCGAUCGCUCGCAACCGCUCGCUUUAUAACAGCUUCUUCGCGUGGAAAAACGAGUACCAGAUAGACCUCGGCUUUCCUUUUUACCCCCUGGUGUGUGAUCUGUGCAGGAAGUUGCACCAAAGCAGUCGGCAAAGUGUGAGAACUUACACGGAUGUUGAGAGUUGGUUUAGAAAAGUAUCUCGAGAAUCUGUGAAUCUGAGUACGCUAGAGUCUAGGGCAAGUUGCUAG